CUACGAAUUGAGCCAUUCCCUUAGAGGACUCCGUCUAGGUAGGACGUUGGAAGUUGUGCUUAAAAACUAGAAACAUCUAAUUGAAAGAAAAUUUCAUAGCGUCGCAUACUUUUUCUUGAUAUAUCUAACGUAAAAUAUUUUGAGUAAUAUCAUUUUUGAGUAUAAUUUGUAACGAUGCUAGAGGUCUGUGUAGACAGUUUAGAAUCAGCGGUGAAUGCUGUGUUGGGAGGUGCCGAUGAGUUAGAACUAUGCAGUUGCCUUGUAGAAGGCGGGCUGACUCCAUCACCUGGCUUAGUCACAGAAGUUCUAAGCAUGGCUUCAAACUCCAUUCAACCGAAGAACCGCAAAAGCAAGAAGGUGAAGGUGAAUGUGAUGAUUAGAUGCAGGGGUGGUUCUCACUUCAGCUACAAUGAUCAUGAAAUGACAACAAUGCUUGCCGAUAUCAAAGUCUACAAGGACAUGGGAGUGGAUAGAUUUGUGUUUGGAGCCCUGACAGAAAAUCACGAAGUGGACAAGAUAAAUUGCGCUAAAGUUUUAGAAGAAGCGGGUCAAGUGCCUGUUACAUUUCACAGAGCUUUUGAUCUCUGCAGAGAUCCUAGAAAUGCUGUACGUGAUAUUAUUGAAGUGGGUUUUGACCGUAUUUUGACCAGCGGUCAGAAGCCUUCUGCCGUUUAUAAUGAUGCUAUAGAAUUAUAUAAAUGGCUUUUGAGACAUUUCGGAUCUGAGAUUCAAAUAUUGCCAGGUGCUGGGAUCACCUGUGAGAAUGCUCCGAUCUUCAUGGAUUUAGGGUUUGAGAUGAUCCAUAGCUCUUGCAAAAUUAUAAGGAAGCUGGAUGAGAACGAUGACCUAGACAUGGGUGACAGUGAGAUAUACGUCACCGAUGAAGAGAUUGUUAGAAAAAUGAAAGAUGUCAUACAAAAGAAAAGAGACAAAACAUAAAUGCGAUGGAUGUAUUGUGUGAAAUCAAUUAUAUCUUAUUGAAGAGUUGAAAGUGAAGCUUUCGGGAUUUCUUUUAUAAAAUACCAUUUUAAUACAUUUACAAAUCAUGUUUUACUUAUUGUACUUUGUAGUUUUUGGGUAAUAAUAUGAUUACCAACUUGAUGUCACUGGACAAUAAUUCGGUAAUAUACUAUUGUGAAUUUGUUGAGGAUAUAUGGAUAUUAAAUCGGAUCGGAUCUACCCUCAUUGUUGACUAUCUGCCUUAUAUUGGUGCUGAUGAAGUCCUAAGAAAAAGGUUUUUAAUGAGGAUUCUACUUAAAUGUAGAUAGAGCCAGAAAGACGAGCGAAAUAGAUCGAAUGAAGUGUUCUAUGAGGUGUGAAAGGGAUGUAUCUUGAUAAAGGGAAGGCAGUUUGCAAAACUGAAUGGUGGUUGAAAUUAAUUAAAGACAAACUAACAGACAAUUUUCAUAGAAAAAAAAACUAAGAAGUUAAAAUUAUUGGAAUCAAAAUGGGUUAGAAGGAUUAGAUUAGAUUAUCAUGAAUUAGGGAUUGAUGAAAUUUAUUGGCAAUUUAAAAAGAUUAAAAAAAUAUAUAUGAACUACUGUUAUGGAAAUGUUAAGUCCAUGCCAGAUUUUGUGUUGUAGUUACCGGAUUAUUGUCACACAUAAAUAGUCAUUAGGGAUAGUAUGUUUUAAACUUCAUUCCAUAAAUAUUUAUGUGUGUUUUAAAAUAUUCUUAGCUGGUUGGAAACAAACUGAUAAUUUCAUGUUUAAAAAUAUUAAUAGUUAUUAGGUAAUAAAUGCUGACAACAUCAACUUAAAUUGCGGCAUCAAAAAAAUUACUUUAAAAUAUUAAUAACUUCUUUGAUGUGGUAGAAACAACUAAAAUUUGAUGUUUUUUAGAUAUUCACAAGUAGUAUGCAUUACAUUUACUUUAAUAAUAAAGAUUAAUCUUAAGGCAAUUUUGAUGAUAUACAUUCGGAUCACUUUACUGUUCUUGGAACAUAGUUUAAAUGUACUUGAAUGUUUUAGAAAUAGUACCUAAUUGUCUUAAAUGUACUUUUAUUCAAUAAAAAAUAUAAUCAUA